GGCGGGGGGGGCGGCGAGGGGCCGGGCGCGGGGCCGCCCAUGAGGGCCCCGGGCCCGGGCCCGCGGACGGCGCCGCCCCCCCCGGGCGGCCAUGGGCUCCCAGGUGCUGCAGAUCCUGCGCCAGGGCGUAUGGGCCUCUCUCACUGGCGGCUGGUUUUUCGACCCGCACCAGAGCACCUUCUCCAACUGCUUCCACCUGUACACCUGGCUGCUGCUGCUGGCCCUGCCAUUCCUGCUCUACAUGGUUCUGCCCCCCAGCAUGUUGGUGGCAGCUGUGUACUGUCUGGUGGUAGCUGUUGUCUUCACCACCAUCAAGACGGUCAACUACCGGCUCCAUGCCAUGUUCGACCAAGGGGAGAUUGUGGAAAAGAGGAAUUCAACUCUGGGGGAGGCCGAGGAAGAGCCCACUCCAGGGGACAGCAAUCUGCCCAGAGAUCCUGGAGUGGAGAUGACAGUGUUUCGCAAAGUGAGCUCGACGCCCCCGGUGCGGUGCAGCUCACAGCACUCUGUGUUCGGUUUCAAUCAGGUCACGGAGUUGAUACCCCGGAUAGAGGACUCUGGACCACUCAGAGACAUCAAGGAAUUGGUGCGAGAGCAGGGCAGCAACAAUGUGAUUGUGACUGCCGCCGACCGCGAGAUGCUAAAACUGAACUCUCCAGAAAAGCUGCUUGGAGAUCUUCCCCAAACUCCUCCAGGACCUCCUCCCCCAGCCCCUUCCCUGCCCAGCACAGACUCCUCCGAACGUUCCCCCCUGGCUGGCCACAGGGGUCCCUCCUGGAGUGGAGCAAGCGGGGCAGACACACCCAUGAGCCCCCUGCUCAAAGGGAGUCUCAGUCAAGAGCUGAGUAAAAGCUUCUUGAACCUGCCUCUGCCUGACCGGCCACUUGUGCGCACCAGCAGCCGGAAGGAAAAGCGGGGGGGAGCCGGCUACCAGCCCCUGGACCGGCAAGGCUCGGGGGACCCUGUGCCCCAGAAAGCUGGCUCCUCGGACUCCUGCUACAGUGGCACCGACAAGGAGACCCUGAGCAGCUUUAAGAGCGAGAAGACCAACUCCACUCACCUGGACAGCCCCCCCACAGGCCAUCCAAGGGACGGCAGUGACACAGACCCGCCGUCUGAAGGUGACCUCCCCCCCUCCCCUGAUGCUGGGGUCCCCUCCGACGACACCCUGCGCUCCUUUGACACAGUGAUCGGGGCUGGCACUCCUCCAGGGGGCCCUGAGCCCCUCCUGGUUGUCCGGCCCAAGGACCUGGCUCUGCUUCGGCCUGGCAAACGCAGAACCCCGAUCCGCCGGCACUCUCCCCCAAACCGAGCCCCCCGGCGCCCUUACCCUGCGCCAGGCCGCCCCCUGCUGGAAGGUGGGGGCUUUUUUGAGGAUGAGGACACAAGUGAGGGCAGUGAGCUGAGCCCAGCCUCAAGCCUUCGGUCCCAGAGACGCUUUAGCACUGACAGUUCCUCUUCUACCUCCUGUUAUUCCCCUGAGGGGUCCAGGGGGGCUGGGGGUGGGCCCCGAAAGCGGCGGGCGCCCAGGGGGGCCGAAGAAGGGGCCACAGUGCCCCCUAAGCGUCCAUAUGGAGCCCAGCGAACCCCCAGCACCGCCAGCGCCAAGACACAUGCCCGCGUGCUCAGCAUGGAUGGGGCUGGGGGUGAUGGCCUUCGGGCCCCCCUGGCAGGCUCCAAAGCAGAGUUAGAGGCCCAGGCUGGGGGUGAACCCGCAGUGGCCUUGGCCUCCCUACCACCGUCAGACAGCUUUGCCCUGGGGAGCCGAAGGGGCCCCACUGCCAACCAGCCAGGUUGGCGGGGGGAGCUCCAGGAAGAAGGCGCAGUUGGGGGUGGGGCUGCCGAGGAGGGCACCAGGCGGGACCGGUCGAGCAGUGUGCGGCGAACCCAGGCCAUCCGGAGGCGCCACAAUGCUGGGAGCAACCCCACCCCACCCUCAUCUGUCAUGGGCUCUCCCCCCAGCCUGCAGGAAACCCAGAGAGGCCGUGCAGCCUCUCACUCCCGAGCCCUGACCCUACCCUCAGCCCUCCACUUUGCCUCAUCUCUGCUGCUGCCUCGGUCAGGAGCCAACGUGCACGAGGCCUGCACUUUUGACGACACUUCGGAGGGUGCCGUGCACUAUUUCUACGACGAGAGCGGGGUGCGCCGUUCCUACACCUUUGGUCUGGCAGGGGGCGGCUACGAAAACCCCGUGGGACAGCAAGUCAGUGGGGAACAAGGGACCAACGGGGCCUGGGACCGCCACUCUCAUUCCUCCAGCUUUCAUUCUGCUGAGGUCCCUGAGGCAACAGGAGGUCUGGGCCUGCUCCAACCCCGUCCUGUGGUGUUGCAGGGAAUGCAGGUCCGGAGGGUGCCCUUGGAAAUACCUGAGUUUGACCUGCUGGACCAAGAUUCUCUGCAUGAGUCCCAGGAGCAGACCCUCAUGGAAGAGGCGCCUCCACGGCCCCAGCAUAGCUACAAGUACUGGCUCCUCCCUGGUCGCUGGACCCCUGUGCGUUAUGAGAGGCUGGCCCUGCUGGCCCUGCUGGACCGGACUCGGGGGGUGCUGGAGAACAUCUUCGUGGUCUGGUUGGGCAGUCUGGUGGCCUUUCUGGGCUACCUGCUCCUCCUGAAAGGCUUCUUCAGGGACAUUUGGGUCUUCCAGUUCUGCCUGGUUAUUGCCUCCUGCCAGUACUCGCUGCUCAAGAGUGUCCAGCCUGAUGCUGCCUCUCCCAUGCACGGUCACAACUGGGUGAUCGCAUACAGCCGGCCCGUCUACUUCUGCUGCUUCUGCCUUCUCAUCUGGCUGCUGGACGCCCUGGGCUCAGCCCUGCCCUUCCCUCCCGUCUCCCUCUAUGGCCUCACCCUCUUCUCUGCCCCCUUCUUCUUUUGUGCCCGAGAUGUCGCCACUGUCUUUACCUUGUGCUUUCCCGUCGUCUUCCUCCUGGGCCUCCUGCCCCAGGUCAACACCUGCCUCAUGUACCUGCUCGAGCAGAUUGACAUGCACGGCUUUGGGGGCACAGCGACCACCAGCCCUCUCACUGCUCUGUACAGCCUCCUCCGAAGCCUCCUGGCGGCCGCACUGCUCUAUGGCUUCUGCCUUGGGGCUAUUAAGGCUCCCUGGCCAGAUCAGCACGUGCCUGUCCUCUUCUCAGUCUUCUGUGGCCUCCUGAUGGCGAUAUCAUACCACCUCAGCCGCCAGAGCAGUGACCCCGCCGUCCUCUGGUCCCUGAUCCGCACCAAGCUUUUCCCUGACCUGGAAGAGCGGAACCUAGAGACUCCGCGUGCGGAAGCCCCAGACCCACUGCCUGGCAAACUGAGGCAGUCUGUGCGGGACAUCUUGCACUCAGACCUUGUGAUGUGCCCGGUGAUUGCCGUGCUCAGCUUUGCCAUCAGUGCCAGCACCGUCUUCAUUGCCCUCAAGUCUGUCCUGGGCUUUGUCCUCUAUGCCCUGGCUGGCCUGGUGGGCUUCCUCACCCAUUACCUCCUGCCUCAACUCCGCAAGCAGCUUCCCUGGUUCUGCCUCUCUCAGCCCGUGCUCAAGUCCCAGGAGUACAGCCAGUUUGAAGUGCGCAGUGCAGCCCAGUUGAUGUGGUUCGAGAAGCUGUACGCAUGGCUGCAAUGUGUGGAGAAGUACCUCAUCUACCCGGCUGUGGUGCUCAAUGCUCUCACUGGUGAUGCCCACGCCGUCAGCGGCCGCCCGGACAAGUUCUGCCUCUACUGUCGGGCCCUCCUGAUGACAGUGGCCGGCCUGAAGCUUCUGCGCUCGGCCUUUUGUUGCCCUCCUCAGCAGUACCUGACUUUGGCCUUCACAGUCCUGCUCUUCCAUUUCGACUAUCCUCGCCUCUCCCAGGGCUUCCUGCUGGACUACUUCCUCAUGUCCCUGCUUUGCAGCAAGCUGUGGGACUUGCUGUACAAACUCCGCUUCGUGCUCACCUACAUUGCUCCUUGGCAGAUCACCUGGGGCUCGGCCUUCCAUGCCUUUGCGCAGCCCUUUGCUGUGCCCCACUCUGCCAUGCUGUUCGUGCAGGCCCUGCUCUCUGCCCUCUUUUCCACUCCUCUCAACCCCUUGCUGGGCAGUGCUGUCUUUCUCAUGUCCUAUGCUCGACCCCUCAAGUUUUGGGAGCGAGACUACAACACUAAGCGUGUGGAUCACUCCAACACCCGCUUGUCCACCCAGCUGGAUCGGAACCCUGGUGCCGAUGACAAUAACCUCAAUUCCAUAUUCUACGAGCAUCUGACACGCUCCCUGCAGCACACGUUGUGUGGAGACCUGGCCCUUGGCCGCUGGGGCAACUACAGCCCUGGGGACUGCUUCAUCCUGGCCUCUGACUACCUCAAUGCCCUGGUGCACCUCAUUGAGGUCGGCAACGGCCUUGUCACUUUCCAGCUGCGGGGCCUGGAGUUCCGGGGGACCUACUGCCAACAGCGGGAAGUGGAAGCCAUCACUGAGGGUGUGGAAGAGGAUGAGGGCUGCUGCUGCUGCGAGCCAGGCCACCUGCCCCGGGUGCUGUCCUUCAACGCUGCUUUUGGGCAGCGCUGGCUGGCCUGGGAAGUGACCGCCAGCAAGUAUGUGCUGGAAGGCUAUAGCAUCAGCGACAACAACGCGGCCUCCAUGUUGCAGGUGUUUGACCUGAGAAAGAUCCUUAUCACCUACUACGUCAAGAGCAUCAUCUACUACGUGAGCCGCUCUCCCAAGCUGGAGGCCUGGCUGAGCCACGAGGGCAUUGGGGCAGCCCUCCGGCCUGUGCGUGCACCCGGCUACGCCGACUCGGACCCCACCUUCUCCCUGAGCGUGGAUGAGGACUACGACCUGCGGCUGGCCGGCCUCUCAUUGCCUGCCUUCUGUGCGGUGCAUCUUGAUUGGAUCCAAUACUGUGCCUCAAGGAGGGGCCAGCCAAUGGAGCAUGACUGGAACUCUCCUCUUGUCACCCUGUGCUUCGGGCUAUGUGUACUGGGCCGCCGGGCUCUGGGGACGGCCUCCCACAGCAUGGCAGCCAGCCUGGAGCCCUUCCUCUACGGGCUGCACGCCCUCUUCAAGGGAGACUUUCGCAUCACGUCCCCGCGGGACGAGUGGGUCUUUGCCGACAUGGACCUCCUGCACCGCGUGGUGGCCCCAGGGGUGCGGAUGGCCCUCAAGCUCCACCAGGACCACUUCACGUCCCCCGACGAGUACGAGGAGCCCGCCGUGCUCUACGACGCCAUUGCGGCCAACGAGGAGCGCCUGGUGAUCUCCCACGAGGGCGAUCCUGCCUGGCGCAGUGCCAUCCUCAGCAACACGCCGGCCCUGCUGGCCCUGCGCCAUGUCAUGGACGAUGCCUCGGACGAGUACAAGAUCAUCAUGCUCAACCGGCGGCACCUCAGCUUCCGCGUCAUCAAGGUGAACCGGGAGUGUGUGCGGGGCCUGUGGGCCGGCCAGCAGCAGGAGCUCGUGUUCCUCCGAAAUCGGAACCCGGAACGCGGCAGCAUCCAGAACGCCAAACAGGCCCUCCGGAACAUGAUCAAUUCCUCCUGCGACCAGCCUCUGGGCUACCCCAUCUAUGUGUCUCCUCUCACCACCUCCUUCGCUGGCAGCCACCCCCAGCUCCAUGCCCUGUGGGGGGGUCCGGUCAGCCUCGGGGCCAUCGCCCGCUGGCUCCUGCGCAGCUGGGAAAGGCUUCAGAAGGGCUGCGGGGCUGGCUGCAACAGCGGCGGGAACGUGGAUGACUCCGACUGUGGGGGCGGCUCCUCCGUCAGCAAUAACCCUCCGGCCCCCCACCCCACCCCCGAGACCCCCGCCGCCCGAGAGCAGCCCUUCCCCCUGGGCCUGGGCUGGACGCUGCGGCCUUCCCUGAGUGGGGCCGGCGACGGCUUCUCGUCACGACGAAGGAGAGAGGGUGGGCCUCCCUCCUUGCAGUGGCCCCCGCCCAUGGGUGCUCCCCGGCUCCCAGGACCAGCCCCUUCCCCUGUGCCCGCCUCGCCCGCCCCCCCUGAAGGCCCCCAGCUGCCCCCAGCAGGCACACCUGCCCCCUUCGGCUAUGAGGGCCCAAGCGGCAAGUGGAGCUUGGGGGGCAGGAAGGGUCUGGGGGGGUCAGACGGGGAAGCGGCCUCAGGGAGCCCCAAAGGCGGGCCCCUCCGAUCUCAGGCGCCCGGCACCUCCCCCUUGGACCUUGGCCUCGGCCCGGACGUCAGCUCGGAUGCUUCCCCGCCUGGCCCUGCCCAGGAUCCUUCUCUCUCGGCCAGACCCUCUGAAGCUGGGACCCCUGGAGGUGGGGGCAACUGGCUGGCCCCCCCCGAGGAGCGGGAGAGCCCGGCGGCCCAGCCUUUACUGGAACAUCAAUACUGACCCGUCCGGACCCUGAUGGGCCCGAGUGACUGAGUGUUCGGGGUCCAGCUCGGCCUCCGCCUGCCACAACUCGCCAAACCGAUGGGCUGGUCCCGUUCAGAGCUCUGGAGCCAGGGGGCAGGGCCCUCUUCGCCGGGGGCCAGGCCUCGGGACUCGGGGGGGCUUCGCUCCCCCAGGAUAGAGCCGGGGCUCGGCCCGGGACGGGGAGCCAGUGCCUCCGGGAGACGUCAGCCCCCAUCCCGCCUCCCAGGGGCCCCGGAGCUUGGGCCCAAGCUGGGGAAGAAGGGAGAGGGGGGAGGGGUCCUUUUGGGUUUUUUUUUUCCCGCUUCUGAGACACCAGAAUUAAUAACACUAUUUUUGAUUUUG